AUGAAGGUAGGCGGUGGAGUGGUGUUCGGAGUUCCACGUGCCGCCAAUUUUCCGACAGUUCUCUUUAGCCGCUGCAAACCUAAUUUCAGAUGCUACUCUUCUUCUUCUGACCACGUAUCGUUUAUCAAAGAUGUGGCUGUUACUCAACCUCCGGAGCAUUUGAAUCAUCUACUGAAAAUGCUUCCGGUCAGAGGUGAACAAAUAAUUUCUCCUGGGGCUAAGCAAGGGCUGCUUCCUCUUGCCAUUCCUCUCUCCAAAAAUAAUUCAGGUUCUGUGACUGCAUUAUUACGAUGGCCAACUGCUCCUGCUGGGAUGGAGAUGCCAGUGGUGGAGGUUCGCAAGUAUGGAGUGUGGCUUUUGGCUAAGAAUGUAGAUCAAUAUAUUCACAGAAUCUUGGUGGAAGAAGACAUCAAGAGUUCCCAGGAAAAGAACGAUGAGUUAUUUUUUGCUUCAGCUGAUGCUGGAGAGAAGCUGUAUAAGAAGGGUGAUUUUGCUGCAUCUCAGAUUUCGAGUAUAGACAUCUAUCUUCUGAAAAAGGUCGGCUUGUUUCCUGAUAUUCUAGAACGUAAAGUUGAGCAGCAUUUUGAUAGAGGGGACCAGGUUUCAGCUUUGGUAACUGGGGAAUUCUAUACAAAAAAGGAGCAUUUUCCAGGAUUUGGUCGCCCUUUUGUCUUCAAUGCCGAAGUUCUACUUAAAGUUGGACGAAAUGCAGAAGCAAAAGAUUCUGCAAGGGUGGCUUUGAAAUCACCAUGGUGGACUUUGGGAUGCGAAUAUCAGGAAGCUGCUAACUUGGCUCAAUGGGAGGACGAACAAAUUGAGUACAUUAAAGAGAAGGUGACUGAGGAGGGAAGGCGAGAAGAUCUAAAGAAAGGGAAGGAACCUGCUCAGGUUGCAUUGGAUGAAGCAGCGUUUUUGUUGGAUCUAGCUUCUGUUGAAGGGACAUGGGACGACAGCCUGGUGAGGAUUGCUGAGUGUUACAAGGAGGCUGGGCUGGAUGAUAUUGCCAAGUUUUUGGUUUACCGGGACUAA